CAGCGGGAUGAUCCCCGUCCCAACUCACUACUUCGUGGUGCUGAGCAGCUGCCUGGACUUCACCCAGCCAGCAGACGCCUGCAGCGGGCCGCUCAGCAGUGCCACCUUCAUCCUGCCCCACAGAGCCAGCAACGAGGAGACCUGCACUAGCUCAGAGGAGGAGUCCCGGUGGGUGGAGGAUCUGAUGAAGAUGCACACGGCGCGGGUCAGAGAUGUGGAGAUCCUGACGGGCCUCGACCUGUACCGCAGAACCACCCGCAGCUACGCCGAAAUCCUGUCACUCAAGACCUACAUGCACACCUACGAGAGCGAGAUCUGAAAUGUGCUGCUCCGCUCACUGUGCUGUUGGUGAGGUUUCUAACCGUGGUCGAUGCUUGUGGUACCAGGAAGAGGUGUGAUCAUCUCUAUAACACUGACCUACACAGCUGGAGCUUUCACUGUACAGCAGAUCCAUGUGUGGCCAUAACGAGCUCAUCUUCUAGCAUGCAAUGCAUAAUAGCAGUACACAUGGGCUUUCCCCUUAAGUCAUUUACUGACGAUUUGAGUUAUUUUUGUAUAAACAUUUAAAACAAUUUUUUAAAAACAUUAUUCCCUAUUUGUAAAAGUGAUUAUUUUAAAGUAGUAAAAGAUCUUGAAUUGCACUACAAAGCCAUCAUCACAAAGUCUCCCCUCAGUGUUCAGGAUGUGACAGCUCCACUCUGAUUCACAGCGUUCACUCAUCACUCUCUGCAGUGAACACAUUCGUUUGAAUGAAAUGAAAUGAAAAUGAAAUGUUGUUGUUUGUGUGUGUACAGUGUGUAUAUGUUGAGGUCGAAAUGUAUUCUGUUUGUGUCAGACUGUGUGUGUGUGUGUGUGUGUGUGUGUGUGUGUGUGUGUGUGUGUGUGUGUGUGUGUGUGUGUGUGUGUUGACUUUUUGUUCCGUGCACAAUAACAAUAAUGUCAAUGCUGGUGAUUUAUUAAUGUGUGUCCUAAAACAUUUACCACCUGUGAGACCUAUUUAUGCUUUAUGUGUAUUUAAUCA